ACUGCAGUUGGCCUGAAACGUCACGGAGGACAGCCACCUCUGCACGGGAGAGUCACAAAUAAUAAAGUAGCCUUUUUUUUUCAUCGCGGACGCCGAGCCCAAAGCUGGAUAUUUCCGCAGGGUUUAUAUGCAUGCGUUUCCAAAUGGAUAUGGAUUCAUAAUCCGAUCCUGACUGCAGUGCGACUCGUUACUCCACAGCUGCUUCCACCCUCACUACGACAAUGUAUCGGACGUUUUUACUAUCACACGCCCGGUGCUGGGAUGCCGACAGCAAGAGGUCGUACCAGGAUUUGUUUGAGAGGCUUGAUACCAACAAAGAUGGGAAGUUGGAUGUCGCGGAAUUGCGCGCGGGCCUCAAGGCAAUGGGCAUUUUCCGCCAGGGUGCCGCACAGAAAAUCGUGUCGUCCGGUGACCAAAACAAAGAUGGGAGCCUCGACUUCAAAGAGUUCAGCCAAUAUCUGAAGGAGCACGAGAAGAAGCUGCGGCUGACGUUCAAGAGCCUGGACCGGAACAACGACGGGCGCAUUGAUGCCUCGGAGAUCCAGCAGUCCCUCGCAGAGCUGGGCAUGGACGUCAGCAGAGAGAAUGCCCUGAAGAUAUUACAGAGUAUGGACAUCGAUGGGACCAUGAUGGUGGACUGGAAUGAGUGGAGAGAACACUUCCUGUUCUGCCCCGCUCACAACCUGGAAGAGAUCAUACGCUACUGGAAACACUCCUCGGUGCUGGACAUAGGGGACAGUCUGGCCAUCCCAGAUGAAUUCACAGCGGAGGAGAAGAGCACGAGUGUCUGGUGGAAGCAGCUUGCUUCAGGUGCAGUGGCGGGGGCCGUCUCUCGCACUGGUACCGCCCCCCUGGACAGAAUGAAGGUCUUCAUGCAGGUUCAUUCUUCUCAGACCAACCGGAUCAACCUGGUAGGGGGCUUCAAGCAGAUGAUCCUCGAGGGAGGCCUCGCUUCACUGUGGAGGGGAAAUGGGAUCAACGUCUUAAAGAUUGCACCUGAGACCGCAAUCAAAUUCAUGGCGUAUGAACAAUUUAAGAAGUUGUUAUCCUCAGAAGGCAAGAAGAUCGAGACACACAAGAGGUUCAUGGCGGGCUCUCUGGCCGGGGCCACGGCACAGACAGCCAUCUACCCAAUGGAGGUAUUGAAAACCAGACUGACGCUGGGAAAAACUGGCCAGUAUCAAGGAAUGUUUCAUUGUGCCAAGCAGAUCUUGAGGAAGGAGGGGAUCAAAGCUUUCUACAAGGGCUACGUUCCAAACCUCAUGGGCAUCAUUCCCUACGCUGGGAUAGACCUCGCUGUUUAUGAGACUCUGAAGAACACGUGGUUGUCGCACCACGCCAAAGACUCGGCCAACCCUGGCGUUCUGGUGCUGGUGGCCUGCGGGACCAUGUCCAGCACCUGUGGCCAGCUGGCCAGCUAUCCUCUCGCGCUGGUGCGCACCCGGAUGCAGGCACGAGCGUCUCUGGACGCAUCGGACCAGCCCUCCAUGAGCAGUCUGAUGAAGAAGAUUGUAGCCAAAGACGGCUUUUUCGGACUCUACCGGGGCAUCCUGCCAAACUUCAUGAAGGUCAUUCCUGCUGUCAGCAUCAGCUAUGUGGUUUACGAAUACAUGAAGACCGGCUUAGGGAUUUCCUAAUGAUGCUGCAAGCAAAUGAAAAAGAACAGUUAUUUGUGAGACUUGAACAUGCUUGAAAUACCUCCCAAGAAACGACAGACAUCAAACAUCCAGAGCAUGACUUCCACCAGCUGGCAGAGACGGUCAGUGGAUGGGAAGCUGUUUGUUUCGUCUGUCAGUUGCAAACGCAUUUACCGUUCCUGCUGAGCAUGCUUUCAUUUCUAUCCUAUUGUUCUACGUAACACGCUCCCAAAAUAUGAAGUGUCCAAAAAAAAGAUUUUACAUGAAGAUAGUAUUGUACUAAAUACAUGCAUAAAAUACUGCAGACAUAUUUUGUUUAGUAAAAGCUGGAGCUUAUUCAAAGAAGAGUUUAUGGUCUUAUUUUACGGUAAAACGACACCCCUAUUUUAAAUGUUGAAGUCAACACCCUUUGGAGGUAGUUUUACUUGUAAACACCUCGAGUGACAUCAGCUCCAGUCGGCAGCUGGAAACUAAAAAUAACUGGCCUUGCGAAAUCAAUAACUUGUUAACACUGGAGUUCUGUAUGCAUGAGGACAGAUGUGUCUUGCGCAAUGUGAAAAUCACACAUUCUGUGUUAUUUGAUAAUCAAUUAAAUGUGCCUUACAGCCGCUUAAUGUGAACUGUCUGACAUCACAGGUGUGUUUUUUUACUACAUAUAUAUAUAUAUACUGCAUUUAUGUAAUGUGUGUAUAGAUAUAUUUAUAUCUAUGUUUUCAGUUAUUUACUAGUUUUGAAAGUGAUGGUUACUACUAUGUAACAUGGUAACUCUUUAAAACAGUAAUAACUCAUCAUUGGACUUGCAA